CUUAAUUCUGCUGUUUUUGCAGGACUUCAAGAAUAUGUUGAGGCAGUCUCAUUUCAGUAUUUUAUCAAAACACGAUCUUUGAUUAGUGUUGAAGAGAUCAACAAACAACUAAUAUUUACAGCAGAAGACAGAGAAGAAACAACAAACACGACCUCCAAUUCCCGUGAGAAACGGCCACACACUUGGAGCCUGAAGGUGACACCCGUAGAUUACCUGCUGGGAGUGGCCGAUCUGACUGGAGAGCUGAUGCGGCUGUGCAUCAGCAGCGUUGGAAAUGGUGACAUAGACACACCUUUUGAACUGAGCCACUUCCUACGUCAGAUUUAUGAUGGUUUUACUUUCAUUGGCAACACUGGACCUUAUGAAGUGUCUAAGAAGCUGUACACCUUGAAACAGAGUCUGGCGAAAGUAGAGAAUGCCUGCUACACGUUAAAAGUACGGGGAUCUGAAAUCCCAAAGCACAUGCUGGCUGAUGUGUUCUCUACUAAAACAGAAUUGAUUGACCAAGAGGAGGGUCUUUCUUAAAAAAAGGACACUGUUGCAGCUCUGGUGGGAAGAGGACUUAGAGAAAGCUCUUUAGUUAUGGUUUUGUGGGGUUUUGACCCUUCUCAAAGCUUUUUAGGUAGACACAUUUUUAGUUUUAUCUGAGAAGAUUGUUUGCAGUGGUAAUUUGUAACCAAAAAUACUUUUUAUAACGUGCAAGUGAACAAAUGUUUGACUUUUACAUCUCGGUAUGGAAUUUCCUGUAUUGCUCCAUUUUAUCUUCCUUCAGAAUGACCAAAAUUUCCAGUGUGCUCUACACCAGUGACUGUCAGUUGU